CAUGUAUUGCACUUACAUAAAUGCAGGCAAAAUAUACACAUAGAAUAAAAAUAAAUAAAUAAAAAAUUUAGUAUCUAAAUGUGUGUGUAUCAGGAGAGGCUUACCGCAUAUUUUUGUAUUAUAAGAUGAAUAACACAGCACAUAUGUAGGCAAGGCACCUGUACAGAGACUAGGGACUGCUGAAGCCUAUAGUCUCUGUAUACCAUCAGGCAAGAAGGUCUUUACACAGAUCACGUGGGCCAAAGGUGCUCUUUGGCCUCGGCCCUGAGCCUCUGUCUUGGCUCUAUUUCAACUUUCAUUUUCAGAAAAUAGAAACUCUACUCAGCUGAGACGUUCUCAAGGGAGGUAUUUCCCUCCUCCCUGUGGCAGGAUGCUUGGGGGUGUGGCUGGCCUGCAGCCUCAUAAAAUCUGCCAGACAGCUCUGGGUGUCUACUUAACAGGAUGGGGAUGCUAGUGCCCACUGCUCUUGCUGCUCGGAUGCUGAGCCUGCUCCAGCAGCAGCUGGGCUCCCUCUGGGGUGGUCUGGUCAUCCUGCUCUGUUGGCUGAGGGCAGCAUUGGGAUGGCCAGGUCCUGGAAGGGGGCAGCAGCAGGUGCGAGGAGACAUGGAGACCCAGGAGGAAGAAGAGGAGAAUCGUGCUCUGCCCACAAUCCCCGUCAGUGUCAACUACCACUUCACCCGUCAGUGCAACUACAAGUGUGGCUUCUGCUUCCACACAGCCAAGACGUCCUUCGUGCUGCCCUUGGAGGAAGCCAAGCGAGGGCUCCUGCUGCUCAAGAAAGCCGGUAUGGAGAAGAUCAACUUUUCAGGAGGCGAGCCCUUCAUACAUGACCAGGGUGAAUAUGUAGGGAAACUGGUAAGGUUCUGCAAGGAGGAGCUGGCCUUGCCCUCUGUGAGCAUCGUGAGCAAUGGCAGCCUGAUCCGGGAGAGGUGGUUCAGAAACUAUGGUGAGUAUUUGGACAUUCUUGCCAUCUCCUGUGACAGCUUUGAUGAGCAAGUCAACAUCCUUAUUGGCCGAGGUCAAGGGAAGAAGAACCACGUGGAGAAUCUUCAUAAACUGAGGAGGUGGUGCAGGGAUUACAGGGUGGCUUUCAAGAUCAAUUCCGUCAUCAAUCGGUUCAAUGUGGAGGAAGACAUGAACGAGCACAUCAAGGCGCUGAGCCCUGUCCGCUGGAAGGUCUUCCAGUGCCUCCUCAUUGAGGGGGAAAACUCUGGAGAAGAUGCCCUGAGGGAGGCAGAAAGAUUUCUUAUAAGCAAUGAAGAAUUUGAAGCAUUCUUAGAGCGUCACAAAGAAGUGUCCUGCCUGGUGCCGGAAUCCAACCAGAAGAUGAAAGACUCCUAUCUUAUUCUGGAUGAAUAUAUGCGCUUUCUGAACUGCACUGAUGGGCGAAAGGAUCCUUCCAAAUCCAUCCUGGAUGUGGGAGUGGAAGAAGCAAUAAAAUUCAGUGGGUUCGAUGAGAAGAUGUUUCUGAGGCGUGGUGGGAAGUAUGUCUGGAGCAAGGCAGACCUGAAGCUGGACUGGUGAGGCUGAGAGAGGAAGGGGACUCUGAGCACCUGUGGGAAGUCCACAUGCAGCUAUCUUCUGUCCACCAAGCUAGGAUCCUGGUCUAUCUCCAGGGCUGAAAAUCUGACUCACUGCUGCGUAUCACAUCUGAUGGUCUGUGGAUUUUGUUACAGAAACAACCACCUGUUUUUGUUUUUUUUUCAGCUUGUUUGAGCUAAGAAAGGAGUAAAGCAACAUAAUGACAACAAGGGAAGUUUUGAAUGUUCCCUGUGCACACAGCUAAACUACAGUUUACAGAUGGCUCUGUGAGAAAUAAACUCCAGGGAUCCCAAUGAGCCAGUAUCUAAUUUGUAUUUGAUUUUAAGAGACUUUUAUUGUGACUGCCUUGUUUUUAUUUUGAAGCCUAUUUUUCAUUUGAGAAUGUUAGUUCUUUUCUGCUAUAUCUGCCAGUAUUCCCACCAUGAAACAGCAUGAAAUAGAUGCUCGUAUUCCUGGUACCUGUUCUAAACACUUUCCCUUUCUGCCUUGUGUUCUUGGAGGUUUUACUGAAAAGUAUACAGAGAUAUACACAUAUCUCAAAGAUCCAUAAAGGAGAGUCUUAUUUGUAAAGAGCACCUGGAAGGAGUUACUAACGGCAGGGAAGAUGAUGAGACACUUCCCCAGUCUCUGAUGGAGCUGAAUGAAUGACAAUUGGUCUAGGCUGUGCCACCUCGUGUAAGAGUCUUUCAUGAUGUGGGCAUGAAAACAGUGCUUAGGUGGCUGCACCCACCUAGUGUUCAGGCUGCACGAGUGUGUCAUGCUGAAAUACAAGUUUGUUUGGGUAGAAGGUUGUCCCUUAGUCUGAAGUAAGAGAGCAGCUAUGUGAGCAUAGUCCAUUUGGGUGGGCUGGAAAGACUCUGACAGGGACGUAACGUUGGGCUGGUGUUAGUAUAAGUGAACUUGUGGCACCAGAGAUUAUUUCUCAACUACCUAUGAAGUAAGACCCAGGCUAGGCCAAUAUGAAAAGAGAUAGUUCCUUUUCUGUAUCAAAAAGGCAUAGGAAGGAAUGUCGCUUAGUCAAAAUCCUCUUCCUGUGGAAAUAUUGCAUGAACUUCAUUAUGUAACCUAGACAGCAUCUCAAGGUCUGGAAAAUAAUAACUUCCUAUCAUUGUUUCAAAAGAGCAGAAUCACUGAAACUUGUUUUGCCCAGGCAGUGGGAUUUAAAUUCCACUGCAAAUCCAGUGCUGCCACUAGAGAGCACUAGGCAUCUGAUUUCUUAAGCAUUUUAGAGAAAUUUUGCUUUCAGAGCCUGUUUCCCAACUUGGUGAUUUGGGGUUGUUUGUUUUGUUUUCUGGUGCAGAAAUUGCAACCAGGGCUUUGCACAGAACUUAUUUUUGUGAUCUUUUUUUAUCACAAAAAUUUCCAUGCUUCAGUUAGGUCACUAUGAUUCAAUUGAGACAUACUUAUGUCUCAUCAAAAAUAAGAUAUGUCGUCCUGUAUUUUCUCCUGUACACAUUUUGUUUGUUUGUUUAUUUGUUUGGGUGGUUGGUUUUGUCUGAUUUUGUUUGAAACAGAAUCUAGAUAAGUGCUUCAGGCUGGCCUGGAACUUGUGAUUGUGCUGCCACAGCCUCCCAAAUGAAAGUGAUUACAGGCAAGUAUCACGUCCAACUCUUACAUAAAUAUUUUUAAGAGAACAAUGAAUCAUGUUUUUCCCUGUGUAUUUUGAAAUUACAUAAUCUACAAUGAUCUCUCAUAAUUAGCUUAUAUGCAAAACAAAUCUUUUCGUUAAAUGGAGUGAACUCUGUUCACGUGUGAAAGCCAGAAGGGCUGAUACUCAGUGGGGACUGAGUCACGUGACCUAAAAGCUAACUUGAACCUGAAAUCUAAAUUUUCUAAGUUGGAAUGUAUUUUGUUCUAGUUAAGAAAAACUGUAUUUUCUCUUUCCCCUGGGGAAAAUAUAAUAUGAACAAAGUAGACUUGAGAAAUGAACUGCUCUCUAAAUGUAUUUCCCAGCUGUCUCAGCCUCUUCUAAACCCUUUAUGCAAGCUCAAGAUUUGUGAGCCCUUUAUGUUUAAAACUUCUGCUAGAUGAGGAAGCGCUGAUCUUCCUAAAACAAGGGACUCUAGAUAGAUUGACUAGACUCAGCGGAGGGA